GAUGCGCCAUUGCUACUGCCGGUGACCUCUUCUACCAAAAACCAUGAAUUUCAGGUUUCAAAACCUCCUGGGAGCUCCGUACAGAGGUGGAAACGUCGUCGUUUCGAACAACACUCUCCUCAUCUCUUCCGUUGGCAACCGUAUCUCCGUCACCGAUCUCCUAAAAUCCCAAACCCAAACUCUCCCUACACAGUCCUCCUCCAACAUCGCCCGCAUCGCCGUCUCUCCUGACGGCAAUUUCCUCCUCGCCGUCGACGACCGCAACCGCUGCCUGUUCAUCAACCUCCCCCGCCGCAUCGUCCUGCACCGCAUCUCCUUUAAAAAGCCCGUCUCCGCCAUCCGGUUCAGCCCCGACGCUGCCCUCAUCGCCGUCGCCACCGGAAAAUUGCUCCAAAUUUGGCGCUCUCCCGGGUUCAAGAAGGACUUUUUCGCAUUUGAAUUGGUUCGGACUUUUGCUGACUGUGAUGAUAAGGUCACUGCGCUGGAUUGGAGCCCUGAUUCGAAUUACGUGCUCGCUGGCUCGAAAGAUUUGACAGUGAGGUUAUUUUGUUUGAAGAAAUUUGAUAAAGAAUUGACUGCUUUGAAUAAGCCUUUCUUGUUUUUAGGGCAUAGAGAUUCAAUAGUUGGUGCAUUUUUUGGCGUGGAUAAUAAAACGAAUAGGGUUUGUAAGGCUUAUACGAUUACAAGAGAUUGCUAUAUAUUUAGUUGGGGUUAUAGCGACAAUGAAGGUAAGGUUGAGGAAUUGGGUGGGGAAGAUUCAGAGCCCCCCUCUCCAGGUACCCCGGAGAAGGGGUCGGAUAGGGAUGGGAAAGGUGGUUUGGUGCCAAAUGUUGGAAUGAGGGUGAAGAAAAGGAAGGGUUUUGAUGAUAUUGGUGGUGAUUUGGUAGAAGAGUGUGGUAAUUUGUUGCAUAAAGGAAAAUGGGAGCUGUUGAGGAAGGAUAAUUUUAGUCAGGCGCCUGCUAAGUUGACCACCUGUGAUUAUCAUCGGGGGCUUGAUCUUGUGGUUGUGGGGUUCUCAAAUGGUGUGUUUGGGCUGUAUCAGAUGCCUGAUUUUGUGUGCAUUCAUUUGUUGUCAAUAUCCAGAGAGAAGAUCACAACGGCAGUUUUUAAUGACCUUGGAAAUUGGUUGACAUUUGGAUGUGCAAAGCUUGGGCAAUUGCUUGUGUGGGAAUGGCGAUCAGAGAGUUAUAUACUAAAACAGCAAGGACAUUACUUUGAUGUGAAUUGUCUUGCAUAUUCUCCGGAUUCGCAGCUCUUGGCAACCGGAGCAGAUGAUAAUAAAGUCAAGGUGUGGACUGUUUCCUCUGGUUUUUGCUUCGUAACAUUCUCUGAGCACACAAAUGCAGUCACUGCAUUACAUUUUAUGUCUAAUAACAAUUGUCUGUUAAGUGCGUCUCUGGAUGGGACUGUUCGUGCUUGGGAUUUAUUUCGAUAUCGGAAUUUUAGGACAUUUACAACCCCUUCUUCCAGGCAAUUUGUUUCUUUGGCUUCUGAUCAGAGUGGUGAAGUUAUCUGUGCUGGAACUUUAGAUUCAUUUGAGAUUUUUGUUUGGUCAAUGAAGACGGGCCGCUUGUUGGAUAUUCUUAGCGGUCAUGAAGGUCCUGUUCAUGGGUUGAUGUUUUCUCCUACAAAUGCAAUCUUAGCUUCAUCUUCAUGGGACAAGACUGUUCGAUUGUGGGAUGUUUUUGAAGGAAAGGGUGCUGUUGAAACAUUUAACCACACACAUGAUGUUCUUACAGUUGUUUACCGUCCGGAUGGAAAGCAAUUAGCUUGCAGCACAUUAGAUGGGCAAAUCCAUUUCUGGGAUCCAAUUGAUGGUUUGUUAAUGUACACAAUAGAAGGCCGUAGAGACAUUGCUGGAGGACGUCUCAUGACUGACCGUAGAUCUGCAGCCAACUCCAGUUCAGGGAAGUGCUUCACAAGCUUAUGUUAUUCUGCUGAUGGGAGUUACAUAUUAGCUGGAGGAAGUAGCAAAUUCAUUUGUAUGUAUGAUAUUGCUGAUCAGGUAUUGCUGCGUAGGUUUCAAAUAACCCACAAUCUCUCUUUGGAUGGAGUUCUUGAUGUCUUGAACUCAAAGAAUAUGACAGAAGCUGGGCCUCUGGAUUUAAUUGAUGAUGAUAAUAGCGAUGUAGAAGAAGGCAUUGAUAAACAAACACGGGGAAAGUUAGGUUAUGAUUUACCUGGAUCCAUGCCUAAUCAUGGUCGGCCUGUUAUCCGAACAAAAUGCCUGAGAAUUGCACCGACUGGCCGGGGUUGGGCAGCUGCAACAACAGAGGGUGUUCUAGUUUAUUCAAUGGAUGAAUCAUUUAUCUUUGAUCCUACUGAUCUUGAUAUAGAUGUUACACCAGAGGCAGUUGAUGCAGCUCUAAGUGAAGGUCAACCCAGCAGAGCUUUAAUUCUCAGCCUCCGUUUAAAUGAAGAUACUCUAAUUAAAAAAUGCAUUUUUGCUGUCAGUCCUGUAGAUAUACCAGCUGUUGCUUCAUCGGUUCCUUUGAGAUAUUUGCAGAGGUUGAUUGAGGCAUUCGCGGAUCUUCUAGAAAGCUGCCCCUACUUGGAAUUUAUCCUUCGAUGGUGUCAGGAACUCUGUAAAGCCCAUGGUCACUCCAUUCAACAGAAUUCCAGAAAUCUGCUUCCUUCUCUAAAAUCCUUGCAGAAGGCCAUGGCCAGAUUGCAUCAGGAUUUGGCAGAUACAUGUUCUUCCAAUGAAUAUUUACUAAGAUAUUUAUGUACUACUGGCACCAAAAAAUGAUGGGCAAGGCAUCAAUUCAUAGCACUUUUAUAAGGAUGUGGCCUUACAGCACAACUGGUGGGUGAUAUCGGUUUAUACUUGCAUAAUCUUCAAGUCUUGCAUGUAUUGCAGCCUGGACAAUGGUAUCAGCAGGAGUUUGAGAUGUUGUAUAAGUCACAACAAGAGUCUGAGACUUAAGAUCAAUGGCUGCUAAAGUGGUGGGCAAUCAGGUGGAAACUGUUAUCCAGGUUCAUUUUUGUUUCGAGGGCAUCUCCUGGUUGGAAAAGGCGGGCAUCAUCUUCCUGUGCUGUUUGUUAUUUUACACCCUUGUUUUUAAAAAUCAAGGUUAAGAGGUAUUGCACAUGCCUGACAAUGGCAAAUUUUGCUUUCUGACCUCUCAUAGCACAUGUAUGCCUGAAAGUGGCAAAUUUUGUUUUGAGUGUAACAUUAAUAGUGUUGCUAAUUUAUUUUAUUCAGAAUUGAUUGUGUAGGGAUGAUUUGAAACUAAACGAAGAAAUACUUUAAUUUAAAUUGCAUUUUAGGUCA